AUGAUCUGGUUCGGCACUAUCUCGACGACAUUGAGGGCGGCGAUGCCGAAUACGUCCACGAAUAUGCUGCGUCGAGGAUCAUGGGCAAUUGCUCUAACUGGCAGCUACGGUGCAUCGACAACCUUAUUGAAGAUGUGUAGGGAGAGCGCCAUGUACAAGAACUGCAGAGACUUGGUGAGCAUCAGGGGGGAAAUGAAGGACAAGUACAGCCCCCAGCUUUUCGUCGAGAUCUUCGAUUUCGCUAGCGAGUACAUCGACGUGGCUGGGAGCGGCAAGAACGUCCAAAAAUGGUGCAAGAUCCUAUUCAUCGAGCUCGCGAGCCGUGCCAAGCUGGUGGUGGACUACGAGAGUGACCCGAACUCGAAGCGAGUGUCCGACAAUGACCGUCUAUCCUUCAUUUCUUGGUUCAAGACAUUGAUCAACUCGACCAAAUUCAGGGACUACCGUCCCAACCCCCGCAACAUCAAACGAUACAUCAAGCCUCGGGCAUCCAAGAGGGGUAGGAAGGAGAAACGCGCGUUCGUCAAGAGGCGCCGGCCGGGCUGUGCCGUGAAUGGAACCAUGUAG